AUGGCAGGAGCCUUGGCACGAGCAGCGGCAAACAACUCACGAACACGUUUAGCACCAACACCAACAUACAAUUCAUCAAACUCGGAACCACUCAUAAAGAAAAAGGGCACACCAGCCUCACCGGCCACAGCUCUAGCAAGAAGAGUCUUACCAGUACCAGGAGGACCAGUCAGAAGAAUACCUUUGGGAAGUUUACCACCCAAACCAGUGAACUUAGAGGGGUCUUUCAGAAAAUCUACAAUCUCCUCGAGCUCAGCACGAGCCUCAUCAACACCAUGA